AUGGGAGUUGUGGAGGAAUACCAGGAACUUUUAUCUGCAAGGGACCUUGAGAUAAAGAAUCUAAAUGCGAAGGUUUCUGAAUUAGUGUUAUCUAAUGAGAGCUUCCAAGUUUCGUUACAAGCUCAGCUUAAAAAAGAUGGUAAUAUUGAUGAUGCGGUGGAUAAGAUGAUAUCUUCUCUUGCAACUGUUGUUAAUCAAGAGAAAGUAUCAGAUGAUUUUAGAAGUGGUAAAAUAGUUUAUAUCGAGGAAAGUAUUACACUUUUGAUUGAAAAGUAUAAUCAAUUUCUUUAUGAAGUUUACCAACUUAGGCAGUCAUUUUAUCAACAUCUACUUCCAGAAUCUAGACACGACAAUCCAUCUUCGUUGCCUAAUUACUUGCCAUGA